AUGACUGCUGACGAAGGCUUGGGUGUCGGCGGCCAGGAGGGCCGGAGUGAGCAGCACUACCUGGGGCAGUUCGAGGUUUGCAGCGUCAGGAGGGCGGAUGUUGCAGACCUGGAUUCAGUUAAGAACGCCUUCGUCAGGACCGCGACGUGCGGUUGCCAGGUUCACUUCUUGACUGCUGACGAGGGCUUGGGUGUCGGCGGCCAGGAGGGCCUGAGUGAGCAGAUCUACUUGGGGCAGUUCGAGGUUUGCAGCGUCAGGAGGGCGGGUGUUGCAGUUACAAGUCACGGCUCUCAGUAACUUAACGUGGACAACCCCAUCUACUUGGCAGACCUUGCAGCCUCCCUCACCUCAGCGUCUCCUGCUGAACUUCAACAAAUUCUCGAGGAGCAAAAUAUCAGAGAACGGCUGAUGCUGGCUCUGGCUCUUGUUAAAAAGGAAUAUGAGCUGAGUAAGCUGCAAGCAUCUAUUGCUAAGGAAGUAGAGGAGAAGGUGCGCACCCACCACCGCAAGUACAUGCUCAACGAGCAGCUCAAGGUCAUCAAGAAAGAACUUGGCCUGGAAAAAGAUGACAAAGAUGCCAUCGAAGAGAAGUUCAGAGCUCGCCUCAAGGACAAGACUGUGCCUGAGCCUAUCCUAGAAGUGAUCGAAGAGGAGCUCAGCAAGCUCGGCUUCCUGGACAACCACUCGUCUGAGUUCAGCGUCACGCGCAACUACCUUGACUGGCUCACCGUCCUGCCGUGGGGCGUCACCAGUGAAGAACAUCUCGAUCUCGAUAAAGCUAAGAAAAUCCUCGAUGAAGAUCAUUACGGUCUUGAAGAUGUCAAGAAGAGAAUUCUGGAGUUCAUCGCCGUGGCUCAACUGCGGGGCAGCACGCAGGGCAAGAUCCUGUGCUUCCACGGCCCCCCCGGCGUUGGCAAGACUAGCAUUGUCAAGUCCAUCGCUAAAGCCCUCAACAGAAAGUACUUCAGGUUCAGCGUCGGUGGCAUGACGGACGUGGCAGAGAUCAAGGGGCACCGCAGGACGUAUGUCGGGGCCAUGCCCGGCAAAGUCGUCCAGUGUCUGAAGAAAACCGAAACAGAAAACCCCGUCGUACUCAUAGACGAAGUGGACAAAAUUGGGCGCGGUUACCAAGGGGACCCUGCAGCAGCGCUGCUCGAACUGCUCGACCCUGAGCAGAACGCCAACUUCCUGGACCACUACAUGGACGUGCCUGUGGAUAUGUCCAAAGUUCUCUUCAUCUGCACCGCUAACGUCCUCGACACCAUUCCGGACCCUCUCAGAGAUCGCAUGGAAAUGAUUGAUAUUUCUGGUUACGUUGCCGAAGAAAAGAUGGAGAUUGCCAAAGCUUACCUCAUCCCUCAAGCCAUGAAGGCGUCUGGCAUCGAGGAACAAAAAAUUUCCUUGGAGCCUGCAGCCAUCGAAACUCUGAUCAAGCGUUACUGCCGCGAGUCCGGCGUGCGCAGCCUUCAGAAGCUCAUCGAGCGCAUCAUGCGACGCGCCGCAUUCACGUUGGUCAGCGAGAAGCCUGAGUGCGUGGCCGUGCAAGAAAUGAGACAGGGCGCUGUGCCCAAGGAUGGCCCGAGCGCAGGCAUCACCAUCGUAACGGCGCUCGUAUCUCUCGCCCGCAAUCUGCCCACUCGCCAGGACGUGGCCAUGACAGGGGAGGUCUCUCUGACGGGCAAAGUAUUGCCUGUGGGCGGUAUUAAGGAGAAAACUAUCGCUGCCCGUCGUGCUGGCGUCACUUGCUUGGUUUUGCCCGCGGAGAACAAGAAGGAUUACGCGGACCUACCGUCAUUCAUCACCGAGGGCCUCGAAGUUCACUUUGCUGCAGACUACAGUGACGUCUACCGAGUGGUGUUCGAGCAAUAGUGUCGCUAGUGUGAAGAACUGAGUGGUGUAGGAGCAAUAGUGUUGCCAGUGUGAUGAAGGUGCCUGUCCUGAAGGUGAUGAAGGUGACUUGGAGCUAAAAUUUUCUUCGUUCAUUGUGAUGAAUGGAAAAAUUUCUAGAAAUCAGCCAUCUGAGUAACUGUACCUAUACUUUAAGUGAAACAGAUAACAUAUAAAGCCAGUUUUUUCAAACGAACGAAAAAAAUUUCCUAAAAAUGAACGAAACAAAUUUCCUAUAAUAUUUGUUGAUGAAAUUCUAGAACCAAAUUCAUAUUGGAUUAGUGCAUAGGAGAACUGAGCCUCUAUAAUCCCUGGUGGACAUGUUUCAUUGUCAAAAUUGUUUUAUUGUAUUUGGAAUUUUGUAAGGUAAUUGUUAUCUGUGUUCUGAGGAAAUUAAUUUCUGAAUUUGGCUUUUCAGUCAGUUUUGCUCAGGAUUGUUAUUGUGUAUUGUAACUUGAGAAAUUCAACACGGCUGCGCAUACCUACAUAAUAACUUAAGCCUAAAGUGGUCCUGGAAUUAUUCCAUUUGCUGUGCCCAGCAUGUAGUUAAUGUAUGAUUUUGCAUACCCACCCCUGGCUAUGCAAAUUGCCCACAGCGUAACGACUGUAAAGGCCUCCACUAUAGUCGCAUAUGUCAAAGGCCUGCAGCAGCUCUGCGCGUGGAGGUCAAAUGUUGGCCUUGAGAGGAAUUCUAUUUUUGGCCUUGAUUUGUAUGCCUUUUAUUACAUUGAGUAAACCAUGAGCCCUGAUAGAAGAAUAUUUACUUCUUACUAGUAGCUUAAUCGAUAUACAUUGUAAAAAUCAUAAUCAUUUCAUAAUCAUCCAUAAUAGUACCUGCUUCUACUAUGACUGAUUCCAACUGAACAUCUAAAGUUGACUGCUUUUAUGUAAUCUGUCAUUCCAUGUUUCCUGAGAAGCAUUGGAUCAGUUAUCAAACUAUUGUGCAACAUGUGUAUUGUUUUCAAAUAUAGUUACUUUUUUGAA